GGUUUCCCGCUGGCACCGCUGCUGUGGCUCUCAGGAGCCAUCUUGGACGCCGUUCAGUAUUUCGCAAGUCAGUCCCUCCUGCCCCCUCCAACUUCCCCUGCUGAGGGAAGAAACACGGACCCACAAAAGGGUGCUUCGCUUCUGCUCCAAGCGUCCAAACUCAGGCUCGCACCGAGAGCUCGUCCAUGCUGCUCCUCUUGCUGCCCGGUCAGAAUGAAAUGCUGGAUGUUUGCGGCAGCAGGGACCUUCUUUCCGAGCGGCGCGCUUCUGAGCGAUACAUUGUUGUUGUGAAGAGCUCGUGUUGUUAUUGUAGCGCUGAAGAAUUGCGCGCAGGCCUUCGCGUUCAUGUGUUUCAUUUCAUUCUUAAAUGCUUUCACGGCAUAAAGGACGACAUUUAUCGCCAGGAUCCUCGAAGGAAGGAACAUGUUUGUUACCUGGCUGACUUUUGCACUCGUCUUGUGCACAGGAGGCAGUCAGGCAGAGGUGGAGACUAGAGAGUGCGUCUAUUACAAUGAUAACUGGCGGACGGAGAAAACCAAUCAGAGCGGUUUUGAGAGGUGUGAGGGGGAGAAAGAAAAGAGGCUGCACUGUUACGCCUCCUGGUUAAACUCGACUGGAACCAUCCGCCUGGUCAGAAAAGGCUGCUGGCUCGACGACUUCAACUGUUAUGACCGGCAGGAGUGUGUGGCAACAGAGGAGAGUCCACAGGUGUUCUUCUGCUGCUGUGAAGGAAACUAUUGCAAUGAGAAGUUCACACACCUCCCAGAAGCUCCUGCUGUAAAGAUCAAGCCUCCUCAGCCCGGGCCGUCUCUGUGGGGUGUGCUGGUUUAUUCUCUUCUUCCUUUGGCCAUUCUCUGUCUGGCGCUGGUGCUGGCCUGCUGGACGUACCACCAACGAAAACCACCCUACAGACACGUCGACAUCGGCCAGGAUGCUGGUCUUCCUCCACCGUCUCCUCUGGUUGGCCUGAAGCCGCUGCAGUUGCUGGAGUUGAAGGCCCGAGGGCGCUUUGGCUGCGUCUGGAAAGCCCAGUUACUGAGUGAAUAUGUGGCAGUGAAAAUAUUUCCAAUCCAGGACAAGCAGUCAUGGCAAAACGAGAGAGACAUUUUCCUCACCGAGGGUUUUAAACACGAGAAUAUUCUGCGCUUCAUCUCAGCAGAAAAACGUGGAACAAACCUUCAGAUGGAGUUGUGGCUGGUCACAGAAUUCCACGAGAGGGGUUCGCUAACAGAUUACCUGAAGGGGAACCCGGUGAGCUGGCCUCAGUUGUGCCAUAUUUCAGCAAGUAUGUCCCGUGGCCUGGCAUACCUUCAUGAAGACCUUCCUUAUCGAGCAGAGGGACCUAAACCUGCCAUCGCACACAGAGAUUUCAAGAGUAAGAAUGUCCUGCUCAAGACAGAUUUGACCGCAGUGAUUGCAGACUUUGGGUUGGCUGUCUGCUUUGAGCCUGGGAAACCGCCUGGAGAUACACACGGCCAGGUGGGAACGUGGCGUUACAUGGCUCCGGAGGUGCUGGAGGGAGCCAUUAAUUUCCAAAGGGAUGCCUUCCUAAGGAUCGACAUGUACGCUCUAGGACUGGUCCUGUGGGAGCUGGUGUCUCGCUGCACCGCCUCUGAUGGUCCUGUAGGUGAGUAUCAGCUGCCCUUUGAGGAGGAGGUGGGCCAACACCCCUCACUGGAAGACCUUCAAGAUGUGGUGGUCCACAAGAAGAUGCGGCCGGUUUUUAAAGACUGUUGGAUCAAACAUCCGGGUUUGGGUCAGUUGUGUGAGACCAUCGAGGAGUGCUGGGACCACGACGCAGAGGCGCGUCUGUCAGCGGGCUGCGUGGAGGAACGUAUCUCCACCCUCUCAAAGACAACCAACACCAUCAACACGUCUACCUCGGAGUGCCUGGUCUCCAUGAUGACGUCCGACAGCGACACGGACCUUCCUCCCAAAGAGUCCAGCACCUGAACGCCCGCCUCCGAACAUCAGGGACUGUGAACCACUGUGUUCAUCACUCCAGUAAAUGUGAACUUUGCUGCUAAUUUGAUCUCUGGAUCGUCAUGUAUCUCAUUUCUUCUUGCAUCAUUGGAUCGCUUUCACCAGCACAUUCAUCUACUGUACUCCUCCAAGAGGAAGGCACACACAAAAAACCUCAAACUCAAGAAGACCGAAAUCUCGGAGAGCAUUCAGGGGAUUUUUUCAGACUGCUGGGAUAUGAGCACACGUUACCUCAUCGGUUUAAAAGUUGUUUUUUGCCUUCACUCCAUGAAUACCUCCAUCCAAAAUUCUCUACCCUUGGGUUUUUUCAAGAUUACGCGACGAUCUGAUGACUGUUACACAACCUUCCAAGAGCACACAAGGUCCUUUUUGUACUCUGUGAAUUUUAAUGUAGUUUUAAUGUACCCUUUGAAAUGUCUCGUGGGAUGUUAUUUUUCGUAUUUCCGACAGUUGUCUGGGACACUGGAAGCUGAGGGCAGCGGGACUGUUAUGAUACGAGUUGCCUUUCGGAGCGUCGGAUUGGUUUCAAUGUAGCAUCUUGCUUAUGUUAAAGUACCUGAAGUCAGACGUGC